AUGAGCGAAAAUCCUCCCAACCCGAUUUACGACAAAGACAAGCAUCCAUUUAAUUACAUGCUGGAACAGAUGACUUUCAUUUUCAAAGAUGCCGGUAAGUGUUCUCUAUAUGCAUUUUCGCUUUUUGUACUGAAAACAUUAUUUUCAGGAAAGCCGACUGAGGAACAGCUUGCGGUUUUUGUCCGUUGUGUGGAAAAUGUGCACACUGCAAAAACACAUUAUGAGAAUGGAGAACUCGACCGCAGCGUUGAAAGGAGAAAACUCAACACAAGAGAGAACGUGGCAGCUCUGGCAGAAUGUGAAAAGAAAACUGAAUGGCUUGUGGAUAUCGUCACUCCAGAAGAACAUCGUGAAAUUUGUAAAAUUCGACUGGAAACCGUUUGGAUAGGUCGCGAAAAUGAAGACCUGAAAAGAAACUUAAAAUAUCAGUUUUUGCUGUUUCAAAAGAAAGAGUUGGAGCAUAUUGAAGAAUUUGGAAACAAAAUGACCGAUCAUCAUCUUGAAUGCUUGAAAAUGAAAAUGCCUAUUGAUAUGUUGGCUCUCUCACUGAAAAUCGGCAGUUUUCAAAUUAGAUUUUCUCCACUCCUGGAAGGUUUUAUGACUUGA